AAACAUGCCUGAGCAGAAAGUGCGCUGCGCCGAGUUACUCAGAUUCUCUCCGGCUUUACUGCAGUGACACGCGGCCCGUCACGCUGGAGCCGAACCUCCAGCCCCCUUCAUUCACAUAACAGGCAGGAGGAAAACCGAGCGAAGCACAGGGAGUUCUGGGUUUAGUGCUUCAGAAUGGCUGUAGAGGUGGAGAGGAAGUUUGUGUGCGAGGCAGACAUCCAGGAGAAGCUGAAGGAUAUUAGAGCUGAAUGUAUUGGUCAGUACCACUUUAAAGACCAGUAUUAUGACUCGACUGAUUUCACUCUAACAAUGGAAGAUUUCUGGCUGCGGAGACGAGAGGGAUCCUGGGAGCUAAAAUGUCCAGCAGCCUCAAGAACAAAUCCAGAGAAGAAAGCAGAGGCACUGUGUACAAAUUACAGAGAGGUUACAGAUCUACAUCAGAUUAAGAUUGAAGUGAUGAAGGUUAUGAAACACUGCACAGGAGCUUCUGAAGACUCCUCAGAAAGGGAACAGAUGGACGCUAAUGCAGAAGAUGAUAGCUGGCUGCAGGAUUUGAAGCUGGUUUGCUUUGCAGAAUACACAACGCUACGAUGCUCUUACAUGCUGGAGAGCGACGGAGGGGAAGGAAGAGUGCGAGUGGAUCUGGAUCAGGCUGAUUUUGGUUAUUGUGUGGGAGAAAUAGAAGUUUUAGUUUCGGAAGGAGACGACAUGCAGUCCGCACAGCAGAGGAUUCAAAAGACAGCUGAAAAAUUAGGUCUUGGUGGUGAGAAGAAGAUUCAGGGGAAGAUGGACGUGUAUCUCCAGCGUUAUCGCCCAGAGCACUAUGCAAAGCUACUUAGUGCUCAUGUCUUAUGAAAGAAUGUUUGUUUCAUUACUUUAACAACAGAAGUAGAGCAUGUUUACAUGCACUUAAUAAUCCAGAUAUUAUAGGAUCUCAGCAGUUAUCUGAGAUUAAAAGGGAACUAUUCUGCUCAUUUUCAAUUAUUAUAUAUAUAUAUAUAUAUAGUUGUUGUUUCAGUGUUCCAAAAACACGUCUAAUAAUGCUGUAUCUGAAACGCUUUGUUAGGGUGCUGGUGUCAUUAUGCCCUUCCUCCCGAUGAGCCCAUUGUGCUCUGACAGGUCGGCUCGCCCACCUUGUUCUGACUGGUGAACUGCUGUCUGGAGACCAAGACAUGCAGAGAACAGAGAGGCAAACAGGAGCAGCAGGGAUGAAGCAUCCACUUUGAGUGCAUUCACACAAAAUCCUUCCCACAGGAUUGUGCAGAAGAUGUUAGAACAUAACUGCUGUGAAACAAUCAGGAAAUAAAGUUUUACUUCUCUGAUUCACUGAAGGCACCCUUCGUUCUUACCAAGCAGCCAUUGAAGAGAACCGGAUUGUUCAUGAACAUAACAUCACUAGCAGACAGACCCUUUUCUCCAAACAGCUGUAAACAUUAGUGUGGCUGUUGCUUCUGCCACAUCAGUUUGAGCCAGUGCCCAAUCCUGAAGGUCAGGUCAGCAUCUUCUCGACACACUACAAAACUGAACAAACUCUUCUCAGCCUACAGUAGAUGCUGUAUGUGGGGUGAGGGCAUGCCAAGCUUGCCAGCAGGUGGGCAAUAACGACUGUGUUACGAGGUGAGAUCACCUUGUAACAGAGGAAAGGGCUGGAAUUCCAACAAGGCGUUUCAGGCAGCUGAGAAAAGUGGUUCCUGUGGGAGAGAGUUAGUCCCUGUGGCUUGUAUUAGGGUUUUUAACCUUUAAACUUUAAGACCUAGAAAUCUAGCUAGAUUUUAGCACAAUCUUGUUUUUCAGCAUAUGUAUACCCUUACUCUGAUUUAUUUCUGUUUAAAGAACUAAAAUAAAGCACUAUUUAGAGCAA